CCACUCGCUGCCCGCCCGUCAAGCAGGAAGGCAGGCGGUGUUCGGCUGGUGCUCGGUUCUCUCCGCCGUGUUGUCCUCCUUCCUGGUUCCCGGUCACCGGCGGCGGCGGCGGCGGCUGCACGGACGGCGGCGCGGUCCCUGCGGGAGGGGCAGCACUAACCAAGCGGCAGCCGCGGAACAGCAAGCCCGACGCGGCGGCGGCGGCGGCGGCGGCGGCUGGGCAGCCAACAUGGCGGCGGCGGUGGCGGCGGGUCCGGAGAUGGUCCGCGGGCAGGUGUUCGACGUGGGGCCGCGCUACACCAACCUCUCGUACAUCGGGGAAGGCGCCUACGGCAUGGUUUGCUCUGCUUACGAUAAUCUGAACAAAGUUCGAGUUGCUAUCAAAAAAAUCAGCCCUUUUGAGCACCAGACCUACUGCCAGAGAACCCUAAGAGAGAUAAAAAUUUUACUGCGCUUCAGACAUGAGAACAUCAUCGGCAUCAAUGACAUCAUCCGGGCACCAACCAUUGAGCAAAUGAAGGAUGUAUAUAUAGUGCAGGACCUCAUGGAGACAGAUCUGUACAAGCUCUUGAAGACACAGCACCUCAGCAAUGACCAUAUCUGCUAUUUUCUUUAUCAGAUCCUGAGAGGAUUAAAAUAUAUCCAUUCAGCUAAUGUUCUGCAUCGUGACCUCAAGCCUUCCAACCUCCUACUGAACACCACCUGCGAUCUCAAGAUUUGUGACUUUGGCCUUGCCCGUGUUGCAGAUCCAGAUCAUGACCACACAGGGUUCUUGACAGAGUAUGUAGCCACGCGCUGGUACAGAGCUCCAGAAAUUAUGUUGAAUUCCAAGGGUUAUACCAAGUCUAUUGAUAUCUGGUCUGUGGGCUGCAUCCUGGCAGAGAUGCUAUCCAAUAGGCCUAUCUUCCCAGGGAAGCAUUAUCUGGACCAGCUGAAUCACAUCCUGGGUAUUCUUGGAUCUCCAUCACAGGAAGAUCUGAAUUGUAUAAUAAAUUUAAAAGCUAGAAACUACUUGCUUUCUCUCCCGCACAAAAACAAGGUGCCAUGGAACAGGUUGUUCCCAAAUGCUGACUCCAAAGCUCUGGACUUACUGGAUAAAAUGUUGACAUUUAACCCUCACAAGAGGAUUGAAGUUGAACAGGCCCUGGCCCAUCCAUACCUGGAACAAUACUAUGACCCAAGUGAUGAGAAGAGUUCCUCCAGGUCAUCUGCAGCAGGUAGAGCAGUGCAUGUACAGAGGAGGACAGCUGCACGCAGUGGAGCAUGGAAAGAGGGAGGAAGCAGGUUCAAGCCCAUUGCUGAAGCACCGUUCAAGUUCGACAUGGAGUUGGAUGACUUACCGAAGGAGAAGCUCAAAGAACUCAUUUUUGAAGAGACUGCUAGAUUCCAGCCAGGAUACAGAUCUUAAUUUGGUCAGGGCCUCUGCAGACAGCACAUGCACCUGUGACUGAGACAGCCUAAAGACUGAAGAAUCUAAAAUUUUUGUGCAGAAUUGUACAUCAUAGCCAAAAUGAUCCACAGCUUCUGGGGUGCUUCAGAUAGAAGAUAUAGAUAUAGGUUAUAUUUCCUCCGUCUGUGGCAUAGAGCUGAGAACUUUUCCACAACGUCAAAAAAAGGUUGUUCCUGAGCUUAGGCUUUGGAUGAGCUCCAUGCUGAGGGUAGAGAGUACCAGGAGAUACAGGGACAGUAGAGGGAGGGAAAUCAACUGUAAGUCAUACCCUCAAAGAAUACCACUGGCUACAGUCAGCUGUCUUAUAGUAGCCUGAGCAGUUGUAAAAGGUCAGGGUGUUUCAUUGUAUUUGAGUUAUAGAAUUUUCCAGUGGUAAUCUAAAGGUUAGUAUGUGGUCAGUACCUCAUCUUCAUCCAGUCCCAUCUCCUGAGUCUUUGGCUGUAAAUGUAGAACUAGGUCUAUCACAGGCAGAUGGAUCAAUAAGAAUGUUAGCCUCAGCUUCCUUUGGUUUCCUGAAAGAUUAUGUUCUUAUAUAUGGUUGAUACUCAUCCUUUCCAUGUUGGCCUCUCUUUUUGUUAUUGUUUUUAUUUUUAGACAAAAACAAAACGAAACAAAGUUUCUCUUUGUAGCUGUGGCUGUCCUAGAACUUGCUCUGUAGACCGGGCUGGUCUUAAACUCAAGAAAUCCACCUGCCUCUUGGGUUCUAGGAUUAAAAAUAUGUGCCACCACACACCCAGCCUCCAAACUGUCUCUUGAGAGGCAGAUGAAAGCUAUGUCCCUGCAUAUGCUUUGUGACCUACCAGAGCAGCACCAUUAGGUUUCAGUGCUAGCAGCAUAUCAAACCAGUCCAAAGAGAAGAUCUUCUGUCAUUUGAAACUCUUGGUCACUGCACCAACUCAACUAGAUUUCCUUAUCAGAACCACGGGGCACAACACGACUGAUAUGGCAGUGCUUUCAUUUCUCAGAGAGAAUGCGAAAUAAACAGGUACUUAUGAAGCUCACCUGUUACUGUGCCAUGAGUAUUUUGGGCAGCCUGAGCCAUGUAUGCUCCCAGAGACUUUAACAAGCCCUCCAAGGAAUCUUACACAUUCAUAAUUUAUUUUUAUUUUAUGUACAUUGGUGUUCUGCCUGCAUGGAUGUGAGGGUGAGAGUGUCUGAUCCCAUGGAACUGAAAUUACAGACAGUUGUGAACUGCCAUGUGGGUGCUGGGAAUUGAACAUGCGUCCUGGGAAACUGGCCAGUAUAACUGCUGAGCCAUCUCUCCAAUCCUCUUCCAGGGACUGUUAAUACCCAGGACUUUGGGGGCUCAGAAUCACUGGACUACAUUAUGGUGAGAGUAGAUUUUGUUUGGAGUACUAUCUCACCCAAGUAAAAGUAAGGAGAGAUGUGGCUUGUGUUCUCCUGGGGUGACAUUGCAGGUGGCUAGCCGUAUGGAGUCUACUAGAGUUAGGCGAUAGGGUGUUUGCUGAAUAAAGACAGGUGGAGCUGCCUGGAAGAUAGAUGGCCAGCCUCUUGACCUGGGGUCCAUCUCACCAGCCAACGCUGGGGACCAGCGACAGCUUCCUACCUUUCAGAACCUCGGCCUGCCACCCUUGCUGCCCACCAGGGCUUAGUGUACUCUCAGGAAGAGAAGGCUCAGGCAUUAACAGCACGCAUCCCAUUGUGAGCACAGGUGGCUGUCCUGCCCGGCCACCUAGAGAAAGGAGACUUCCUAAGAAUAGUGUUGUGAUAAACUUAAGGUCUAGUAAUAUUUAUUAAUCAAUCAGGAAUAAUGUCUUAGGCAGGUUUACACUACAAGGAUAGGUGUAUAUGAGCUUGAGGACCAGUGAUUAGCAUCAGAAUACAAUCAGACCAAUCCCAACAAAUAGAAAGAAGAUCUUUUCAAUUGUGUGUUUUGAAAAAAACCUUUUAAACUGUUUUUUGACUGUGGGAGUGGUGGGUACUGCAUUGUUAAUAAAGGAAGCCAACAAAGCUGUGAAUGUAGUAAAUUUUUCCAUGUGUCUUCUCUUAGUCACUGUGUGUUUUAGUUAGGGCUUCACGGCUAUGAAGAGACGCCAUAACUACGGCAGUUCCUAUAAAGGAAAACAUUUAAUUGGGGUUGCCUUACAGUUUCAGAGGGGUAGUCCAUUAUCACCAUGGUGAUGCUGGAGAGGUAGUAGCUAAGAGUUCAAAUCAGAUUAGCUGGCAGCAGGAAGAGACAGUGAGCCACUGGGUCUGGCUUAAGCUUGUGAGACCUCAAAGCCCACCCCCACUGACACACUUCCUCCAAUAAGGCCACACCUCCUAAAAGUGCCACUCCCUGUGAGCCUAUUGGGGACCAUUUUUAUUCAAACCACCACCUGGUACCAACUCAACUGUCUGAAAAAGAUGCCUGUGAACUAAGGGCUCAAAAGCUCCAGUUUUUAGGACCUGCAAGUCACACAUCAUGUAUGUGUGAAGGUACAGUGACCUUGUACAGGUUUUAUUCUCAUUACAUUUCUACUUUGCCAUUUUGUGCUGUUGUUGCCUUUAUUAUUCUGACAUGGCUCAGUC